GUUUUUGUUUUGGUGGUGAUGUAACGGUAAGUAUUACGCAAUCGAACGAAUUUUUUUUUUAUGUAGCGGGGAUCACCAAUAUUUUUCUGAAGAUGGAUAGCUAGCUAUACCUUUUUUAUUUUUGUACUGUACAAUACAAUAAAAAAAAGAUUGAAUAAGAAGAAUAUUUUGAGAGGUAUUGUGAAGGAAGACAGGGAAAAUAGCUAGAGCUAUUGUAGAACCACCGUCACCUCAAGAAAAAAGGGCUGAUGUAAUGCCAAAAAAGAAUGCAAAUUUACUUCAGUACAAGGUUCUUUGUUCUGAUUCGCCUUCAUCGUGUGAGAUCAUUGAUCAUGCCAAUGAAAAUGUAUCCAAAUGUUAUGGAUAUAAGCGCAACAUCCUUAAGACAAUGCUUUUUGUUCUCCUGAGCAUUAUGUCAGCUGGUUUUCUGUUGUUAAUAUGGUACUGGAAGCCAGAUUGGAGAUUGUAUUUAACACAUUCCAAAUGUUGUUUAAGCAUGGCAAAUAAAGUUCUUUUAAAGGACAACUAUGGCACAAAAUUUGUUGAAGCAGUCGUGAUCAAUAGAAAGGGGAAAAUAAACACCAAGACUGCAUCUGACCUUAAGCUUGUGGAUAAAUAUCGUUAUUUUUGGCAUAAACACCUAAAGUAUUAUUAUGAUGAAAAAAGUAUGUCAUUUCUACCUGUUGAGAUGAUUGAUGAUGGUCUAACCUUUUACACAAUAAUAAAUAGGUCGCAUGGAGCAUCAUUUGAAGAGCGAAAGAUUGCUCUCUCCUGGUAUGGUUCAAAUAAGAUUGAUGUUGAGGUGAAAUCCUACAUUCGACUCUUUUUCGAGGAAUGUGCAGAUCCUUUUUACAUUUUUCAAGUCUGCAGUUGCAUCCUAUGGUUUUCUGAUGAUUAUUACUACUAUGCAGGUGCAAUUGUUUUUAUUUCACUGACCUCAAUAAUUGUCAGCAUUUACCAAACCAGAAAGCAUUUGCAGACCCUCCAUGACAUGAUUGCAAAGUCAUCAAUCGUAUCUGUGUUGCAGCCAAAUAAUGAGGUGAUCGAUAUUCAAUCAGAGGAUCUGGUGCCGGGGGAUGUUAUUGUUUUGCCAAAACAUGGCUCCACCCUUCAUUGUGAUGCAGUUUUGAUAAAUGGCACCGUAAUAGUCAAUGAAAGCAUGUUGACUGGAGAGAGUAUACCAGUAACUAAAACGCCCAUAUCAAAGCCUCAAAAUAAUGCAGAUAAUGACAAUGAAGUCUUUGAUUCUGUCAAACAUAAAAGACAUACUUUGUUUUGUGGUACAGAAGUUUUACAAACAAGGUAUUAUGGCAAUGAACAUGUUUGUGCAGUUGUUGUGAAGACUGGUUUCACCUCAAUGAAAGGUGGUCUUAUAAGGUCAAUACUUUUUCCGAAGCCUGUUGAUUUCCAAUUUUUUAAUGAUGCAAUACGAUUUGUUGCAGUGUUGGGUAUAUUUGCUUUGCUUGGUUUAAUAUUCAGUGUGUAUGUGUUGUUACAGAAUCAUGCCUCAGUUCAUGAUAUUGUUGAUAAGGCACUAGAUGUUAUAACAAUAGCUGUCCCUCCUGCCCUACCUGCAGCAAUGAGUGUUGGAACAGUCUAUGCAUUGCAAAGGUUAAAAAAGGUUCAUAUAUUUUGCAUAAGUCCAUCUCGUGUAAACAUAUGUGGAAAAAUCAAAUUGUUUUGUUUUGAUAAAACUGGUACUUUAACCGAGGACGGAUUGGAUUUUUGUGGUAUUAUUCGUUCUAAUAAUCAUGCCUUCGAAAAUUUGGAAAGCUCUUUAUUUAGAUCUCAAUCAGACCAUAUAACGAUGUGUAUGGCAUCGUGUCAUUCAUUGACUAUCCUUGAUGGAAAUAUAUGUGGUGAUCCACUGGACGAAAAAAUGUUUCAAGCUACAAACUGGGAAAUAGAAGAAGCUGGUUUAACAGAAACAGAAAGAUAUGGCAAUAUAGUGCCAACAAUAGUGAAACCAAGAAGUUCUGCUGUUGACUCAAUACGAAUCAAAUAUCUUGAAGAUGAAAGUUUGCCAUUAGAAGUUGCUAUCAUUAAGCAAUUCACAUUCACUUCAGAGUUGCAACGAAUGAGUGUUAUUGUUAGACGACUUGGGAUGAAAAGUAUGGAGGUUUAUGUUAAAGGCUCGCCUGAAAUGGUGGCAUCACUUUGUGAUUCUGCCACUAUACCUUCAGAUUUUGAAGAAUGUUUGAUGAAUUAUACAAAGCAGGGAUACAGGGUAUUGGCUAUGGGAUACAAGAUGUUAAGUCCAAAGGUGCAUUGGCACAAGGUUCAACACUUCCAACGAAGCCAAGCAGAAUCUGAUCUCCAUUUUCUAGGAUUCAUUGUUUUCAAAAAUGUUUUAAAGCAAGAAACAACUCCAGUCAUUGAACAACUUUACAAAGCUCAAAUCCGGCCAGUCAUGGUUACUGGCGACAACAUUUUGACUGCUGUAAGUGUGGCAAGAGAAUGUGGCAUGAUAAAACCGUGUGAAAAAAUCAUGUCAAUUACGAUGAAAGAAGAUACUGCUGGUCUACAUUUUAACGUGAUUGGGGAGUUGGAACACCAUAUUGAUGUUGACUCUGUGAAUGAAGAAAAAUUUUAUUCUUCAACAUUUCUACAACGAAAUUAUCACUUAGCUGUCACAGGAAAAGUGUUUUCCGUCAUCCAAAGUUCGUAUCCGCUUUUGUAUGAAAGACUGCUGGUGUGUGGUACUAUAUUUGCCAGAAUGUUGCCAGAUCAAAAAACAAUGUUAGUUGAAAGUCUGCAGCAGUUAGGAUAUGGUGUAGGAAUGUGUGGAGAUGGUGCAAAUGAUUGUGGUGCAUUGAAACGAGCACAUGCUGGCAUAUCACUUUCUGAAGCAGAAGCAUCUGUAGCUUCUCCGUUCACAUCAAAAAUCCCAAACAUAAGCUGUGUUUUACAUGUCAUCAAAGAAGGAAGAUGUGCUUUGGUGACUUCUUUUAACAUUUUCAAGUAUAUGGCAUUGUACAGUAUGAUACAGUACUCAUCUGUUUUGAUGUUAUACGACAUAUCCUCCAAUCUAAGCGACUUACAGUAUCUCUACAUUGAUCUCUUCAUCAUUAUGCCAUUUGCUAUCACUAUGAGCAGAACCGGACCAAGUGAUACACUUGUAUCACAAAGACCUUUAGGACGUCUAGUGCAUCCUGUUGUGCUGUUCUCGCUAAUUUUGCAAAUUUUUACACAAACAGGCUUUCAAGUGUUUGUUUACCUCUAUGCCAAAACAAUACCAUUGACAGCUUAUAACAGUAAUAAUCAUUCAGAUAUUUUGAAAAUUCAAAACACAGCCUUGUUCGUUUACACUGCUUUUCAGUACAUUAUUGUGGCAUUGAUAUUUUCAGUAGGUAGACCAUAUCGCAAGCCGUUCUAUUCCAACAUAGCCUUCCUCAUCUCGUGUGUUAUUUUAACAGCAAGCAAUUGUGUGCUGACGGUAAAACCGAUACAAUUUUUACAAGAAUCUUUUAAAAUUUACAGCAUAGAUUAUGGUGAAUAUUACAUGGUGAUUUUCGGACUUUUGCUUUGCAAUUUGUUAUGUUCGCAUAUCAUAGACAAUGUGUUGCUUGAUACAAAAUGUAUCCGACGUCUGCUGCGAUGGAUGCAGCGCAAGAAAGGACCAAAAAACAAAUAUAAAUUAAUCCUGAAUGACAUUGCAAACGAUAGAUUAUGGCCUCCAGCCUCAUCAUAUGCUGAAAAGGAUAUGGUAUGAAGAUUUGUUUGACUCCUGCAAGUAUAUAGGACAUUUUUUAAUUUUAAGUUAAAUUUAUAGCUAACUUUAUUAGCAGAAACAAGGUUGUUGUGUUUUAAAUAUUGCUUCAUUUGAAAAAAUAAUUUUUUAAAAUUAUUAAUUAAAAAUCCUUUGAACCUUGAUAUAUAUCUAGAAAUUAUUUUGAUAAUUUGAAUAAAUUUUGUUGAUAAAGUUAUAUUGUGGUUGAAUGUUAUAACAAAGGCAUCCUUUUAGGUAGCUUUUUUUAUGUCUGGAUUUAUUUUUAAUAUAUAGUAGAGCUUUUGUAACAUUGUUUGUUGAGUUUUUAUUUUAUUUUAUUGUAAUCACAAAAGGCGUUUUUAUAUAUAGUUACAAUUUUUUGCAUGAACUUUAAAUACCUUUUUAAAGCCAGUCAAAAUGCAUACAAUUUACUCGAUAUUAAUUUAAUAAAAUAGCAAAAAGCAAAAAAAAUUUAAACGUCAAUCCACCCUCAAUUAAGGAAUUGUUUAGAUAAAUAUUAGGGCUGGCAAAUCAUUAGUGCUGACAAAUUUAGAGCCAUUAGGGUUCACGGCUAAGCAUUGACAAGGUUUGAAAUAAAUGGUUUCUUUUGAGAAUGAGCUUCACCAAAUCUGUUUUUUGGUAAGAGGGGAAAUGAGCAAGUAUAUAAAAAACACAACUGUUAUCUAAAAUAUGAAUAUAUAUAUAUAUAUUUCAUUAGUGACAGGGUCCUUACUCAGCCAGCUAUAAUAAUAAAGGAUAUAAGUUGCUUACACCCCACUCCUGUGUUCCUUACAAUCGUACUAAGAUUCGAGUUAAAAGUUAAAAUCUUACAGUGCAGAAAAAAUAUACAGGGGGGGAUUCUUUUACUGUCAAAAUUAAUAAUCCAAUGGGAAAAAUUUAUCGCAUAAGAGUGAUUUAGCUUCGCAGGAGAACAUUAAGAAUGAUCUUUUCUUUCUAUGGAAAAAUAACUUGAGGGGAUAAAACAGAUUUGACUAGAGUAGCGUGGUAAGGAUUAAUUUGACUAGUUGUUUUUAAUAUGUCAUAUAUUAAUUAUAUAUUUUUGUAAACUUUUUUUUUUGUAAACAAUCAUGUUAAUUAUCGUUAGAAUGUCCCUUGAAUGUCCCUUCCCAAGAAUAUAAGCAUGAUGCUAAGGAUCGAUAUCAGUUCUACCAUCAUUUUUUUUGCUUAAAAUUUAAAUAAUCUAAAAUUUCUAUUUUUACAACAUAUCUCGAGGAAGUAAAAAGGUAAAGUCGCAUAAUCAAAAAAUGUCUUAUACUUGGAAUAUUAACCCUUUCCUUAUUUAUCCAAACAUCUUUUAGUUGUCAACACGUUUUUUGCAAAGGCUUUAUGCUUUAGGCUCAAAACUUAGUGGGAUUCCACUGUAAAAAGGUUGUAAACAGUAGAAAAUUGAAGGUCUUGUUUGUGGAAGGUAAAGUAUUUCUAGAAUCUUAUUUUAACAACUUUCAAAGUGAGAGUUUUUUUAAAGGUGUGUUGGUUUUUUUUAUAGGUACACUAAAUUAUAAUUUUUCAUAUUUUUUAAUUUAUAUAAUUUAAUUACAUAACUGUAUGCCAUGUAGUUUUUACAGAUUUUAAUUAAAACAAAACAAAGACCUA